UUUCAGGGUGGGGGUGGGGGGGAAAAAGCCCCAGACCCCCCGCAGCCCGGGGCGGGCUGGCGCGCGCGAUGGGGCGCCCUGGGGCCGCGGGCGCGAGUGGAGGAUGCUGGGAAGGAGGUAAAAUGGCCACCGGCGGCGGCGCGGAGGAGGAGAGGAAGCGGGGGCGGCCGCAACUGCUGCCCGCCGCGCGCCCCCCGGCCCGCGGCGACGAGGCCGAGGGCGGCCGCGAGAAGAUGGGCUGGGCCCAGGUGGUGAAGAACCUCGCCGAGAAGAAGGGCGACUUUCGCGAGUCGCGCCCCGCGGCGCGGCGGGAGGACGACGGCGGCGCGGGCCUGGCGGCGGCGGCGGCCGCGCUCGGCGACUUCCCCCCGGCCGGCCGCGCGGACCCGACGGGCCGCCGGAGAGAGCCGGCCGGCGAGGUGGCGGCGGACGCGCGCCUGAAGAAGAGCGUGGCCGAAGCGGGCAAGAGGAAGAAAGCCGAGGCGGCGGCGGCGGCGGCGGCGGUGGCCCCGGCCAGGCCCGGCGCGACGGCCGAGGAGGCGGCGGCCGCGGCGGAGCGGGGCGGCCCCGAGGACGAGCCGACGGCGGCGGCCGGCCCCGCGGCGGGCCCCGGCAAGGGCCGCUUCCUCGUGCGCAUCUGUUUCCAGGGCGACGAGGGCGCCUGCCCGACCCGGGACUUCGUGGUGGGCGCGCUCAUCCUGCGCUCCAUCGGCAUGGAGCCCGGCGACAUCUACGCCGUCAUCCAGAUCCCCGGCAGCCGCGAGUUCGACGUGAGCUUCCGCUCGGCAGACAAGCUGGCCCUGUUCCUGCGCGGCUACGAGGAGAAGCGCGAGCACGAGGACUGCUGGGAGAACUUCGUGGUGCUGGGGCGCAGCAAGGCCAGCCUGAAGACCCUCUUCAUCCUCUUCCGCAACGAGACGGUGGACGUGGAGGACAUCGUGACCUGGCUCAAGCGCCACUGCGACGUGCUGGCCGUGCCGGUGAAAGUGACCGACAGGUUUGGGAUUUGGACCGGGGAGUACAAGUGCGAGAUCGAGCUGCGCCAGGGGGAGGGCGGGGUCCGCCACCUGCCGGGGGCCUUCUUCCUGGGGGCCGAGAGGGGCUACAGCUGGUACAAGGGGCAGCCCAAGACGUGCUUUAAGUGCGGGUCGCGCACCCACAUGAGCGGCAGCUGCACCCAGGACCGGUGCUUCAGGUGCGGGGAGGAGGGGCACCUGAGCCCGUUCUGCCGCAAGGGCAUCGUGUGCAACCUCUGUGGCAAGCGGGGACACGCCUUCGCCCAGUGUCCCAAGGCAGUUCACAAUUCCGCGGCCGCCCAGCUCAGCGGCCUGGCCGGGCACUGAGCACCCCACUCGCCUUGCCCCGGUGACCGCGCGGCCGGUUCACCAUCCCCCUCCCCCUCGCUUAAGUGCCAAAACUUUUUUCCGCUUUGACUUAAACCAUGUUUGUCGGAAUCGGUUUUUGAAGGAGCUCUUUUCGAAACCCGUAAGGGACGUGUCUGCCUCAAACCGAGUUUACUCCGUUUCGGCCUUUUUUCGUAAGGGCCAUUGAGAACUGUAGUGUACAGAUAGUGCCCCUCCGGUCCCUGUUUUUUAAUUUUGUUUUUGUAUUUUGGUGUGCUUUGUUUAUUACCUCUUUGGUACAUUUUUUUUUUUUUUACUUCCCAUAACUUGUCUUCUCCCAGGACUUUCUCGCCUUUGGGGGCCUCCUUGCUCUUACAAGCCCAGCGGGGUAGGCUUUCCACCAGUUUGUUGAAUUGAGCCUGGUGUCCACUCACUUCUGUGCGAGUGUCCACCUUUUGCCGCUCUCUCCCCCUCCCCUGUUAAUUUGCUGCUUCUAACGUGGUCUGAGAGUUCGUUCAACCCAGUGUUGUUAGAAGUGUAUUAUAAUCUGAAUCAAUAAGCUCAGAAUGGUGGCCAAGGGGCCUCUCUUACAGCAUAAAAAUUAGUGGAUUUGUGACAGCUCUCUUGGUGGCCCAGGAGCCAUGUUUUAUGUAAUCAUGGAAGCUACAUGUUACUUGAUGGAAAGAAGCAAAAAAUAAAAAAACUUUUUUUAAAAAGUCCAGGCCAACCCCCACUGUCUGAUGGAGGGAGCAAGCCUGGAGUGGUUAAGUGCCUGGGUCCCCAUGGCACAGCUGUCUGGUGCCAGAUCUAGCCCAGAGUUCCCUGACCCCAAAGUCGGUGCUCAUCCCACUACCUCUCACACUUCACAACAUUUUCCUCAAAGCUUGCAGGCCCAGCAAGUCUGAUCGCUUUAAAGAGCCCAGAGGGGUGCUAAGAAAUUGUCGGGGGGGGGGGGGGGGGAGUUUGCUAAACUGGGGCUUCUGAGUAUUCAGGAGCCAGGGAAGGGACCAAGGAAUUUGAUCCAGGGUGUACCCAUUGCUGCCUGGGGUACCAUAUCUGGAUUAGCGUGUGUCAGGACCUUAGGUGCCUUACCCUUUCCUGUUCAUUGUUCUUGGUGAGAGGGAGGUGCUCCUGAGUUAAAAUACCUACCAAAGGUUUACAUUUAUUUGAGCCUUAGCCUUGCAGCUGGAAAUCCCAGAGAUGCUGCUACCUGGAGCUCUCUGCAGCCUCCCAAGUCUGAAGACAGAGGCGUUUCCAACCCAGAAUUGGAGCUGAGCUGGUAGCUCUAAAAUUUUCUUGCGAAACAGGCCGAGCAAGAGGGUAUCGGGUCAACUGUGUUGUCAAAUAGAAAAGCCAGUGUGCUCACUGCUUUUCUUACAGUUACUGUCUUUUCUUUGCUUAAUGUUUUGCUAUUUCCUUUUGGCUUAGAAUGUAAAAUCGAUUGUUAAAAGUUUUGUUCCAAAUAAAUAUUUAUCUUUUGUAUUGCUAA